GUGAAGAAAGCCUUCGUCAAGGCUGAGCUCAUACGAUUUGCCAUAGUCAGUUCCGAAGUCGAGUAUUUUGCAGAUGCUCGCAGACAGUUCUAUGGCAAUCUUCGCCGGAGAGGGUAUCCGAGCGAAGCACUGGAAGACUGGUUCCGCCAAGUGUCGUACGAACAACGGCCCCUGUUUCUUACCUCAAAAAAGGAAAAAGAACAGGAUGCGCCACUUAUGUUGUCCGGACAGUAUAAUCCAGUGUGGGAGUACAUAAACGUUGAUGAGAUUAUUCGAUCAGCCAGAAGGUUCUGGACUUGGGAAAGAGAACUGCCCGACAGCCUUCAACAACCGCUGAUUCGAAGUCUCCGUCGAUAUACGAGUCUUGGUGACUUGCUGUCGAUGUGGAACAAGACGGUGUUA